AUUUUUAAAUAUAUAAUGUUUUGUCUUGUUUACGGUAUAUCAACACCACGUUACCGUCCUUACUGUUACUCACUCACUCACUCACUCACUCACUCACUCCUCUCUCGCAGGAUCCUGGUGGGGGCGCCGAAGGACCACAACCUCCAGCCAGGGACAGACAGGUCAGGGGCACUGUGGAAAUGCCCUCUCACCACCAACACCACAGACUGCGUGCAGGUUCACACCGACGGCUUCAGGGAUCCGGAAAAAAGGCUCUACAUCUUUGACCAUAGCGACAACAACCUCUCGGAGCCAGCUGAGGACGAGAUCAAAGACGGACAGUGGCUCGGCGUCACCCUCAAGAGCCAGCAGGGAUCGGAAGGCAAAGUGCUGGUGUGCGCCCAUCGCUACAUCAACAAGGGGCCGGACUUCCAGUGGGGAUUCGGUCUCUGCUACAUCCUGUCCAACAACCUCGAUGUCUUGGAGGAACUGGAGCCCUGCAAGGGGAAGCCUGUCGACAGUGGCCACCUGCAGUAUGGGUUCUGCCAGGCGGGCACCAGCGGCAUCCUGCUGGAUGAUGAGGUGGUGCUGGGGGUGCCGGGGCCCUUCACCUGGCGCGGCACCAUCCACACCUCCAACACCUCUGACAACUACCUCAUCAGGGACAAGACGCAGUACUUCGGCCCCGUCACAGAAGCCGACUCUCCUGUUGACAAAUACAGCUACUUGGGCUACUCAGUAACUGCUGGUAACUUCUUUGGGAACUACAUAUCAUACGUGAGCGGUGCCCCGAGGUCACAGGAGACGGGCCAGGUGGUGUUCUUUAGUCGGGUGAAGACAGGAGUCAGUCUGCUGCAAGUGGACCUCAUCCUUAGUGGAGAGAUGUUUGCCUCCAGCUUUGGCUAUGAAGUCCUGGCUCUUGACAUCAACAACGACAGCCGUGACGACCUGGUGGUGGGCGCCCCCUUCUACUACAACAGCAGGGCCAGUGGUGCCAUCUACGUGUACAUGAACAAUGAGGGAGGCUUCCAGGAAAACCAUCCAUUCACCAAGAUAGAAGGUGAACCCGGAGAAACCCGCUUUGGUUCCUCAAUGACGUCCCUGGGAGACCUGAACCAUGACGGCUACCAGGACAUCGCUGUGGGGGCGCCAUACGAGGGCAAGGGAGUCAUCCGCAUCUAUCUCGGCGGUGAAGAUGGACUCUCCACAACACCCUCGCAGAUCAUCCGUGCAGAGGACAUCCCUGGGGAGACGUACAAUGCCUUUGGGUAUGCCCUGAGUGGUGGCAUGGACCUGGAUAACAAUGGCUACCCUGACCUCCUCACGUCCUCCUUCUGCAGCGACAGAGUUCUCCUCCUCAGGGCACGGCCAAUCAUUGAAAUUGAAACUAAGGUGGUUUCUGAAGGCCAGCUGGACAACAUUGACCCAACCAGGAAAGGCUGCCGGGAAGACAUUACCGCCUCUGAAACAUGCUUUUCGUUUGACACAUGCUUCAAGAUGGACAACGACGCAGGCACCCGUACUGGCCUGAAGCUGCACUACACCAUCGAGGAGGAGCCGUACCAGGACCGGCCACUGCCCAGGGUACGGUUCGCAGACAGCACAACCAACCAGCCCAGCGGGGUGCACCGCAAGAUCGACCUCAGGCCGGACGACAUGGGCAGGUCCCGGUGCUCAAAGGAAAUUGUGUAUCUCUUGGAGGGAUCUCAGGACAUCCUGCGUGCUCUGCGGUUCAAGUUGACAUACGAGAUCAUCCAGGAGGAGCCAAGACCAGUGCGUGAGGGAGCGCCCAUGCCCAACAUCAACAAUUACCCAAUCCUCAACCAGAAGGGGGCACUCAAGAAAUUUGAAGGAACAUUUGCCAAGGACUGCGGCGAUGACAACAUCUGCGUGAGUGACCUGCACAUGACUGGAAGCCUUGACCUGGAGGAGGACACCACCGGGGAGGGCUACCUGCUGCGGCUUGGAGAGCACGACACUGUGCCUCUCCUGCUGGAAGUGACCAACCGUGAUGAGCCAGCCUACAUGACCACUCUGUAUGUCAGGCACAAUGAGGCACUCUUCUUUGACCCCACUGACUCCGAGAUCGGAAUAUACGAGUGCACCAAGACAUCUGCAGGAGUCAUCAAGUGUCACCUGGACAACCCUCUUGUCAACACCACAGGGCCACUCAAGCUGAACUUCAAAGAGUCUGGGACACCAUUUGAUUCAAAGUACAUCCAUUUCACGGUGGAAGUCAACUCCUCUUCCACUGAGUUGACACCUCAGGAGCCUCUGACCUUCAGGGUGGAGGUUAUCAAGAGAGCAGAAAUAUCCAUCAAGGGUGACGCCACACCAGAGCAAGUGUUCUAUGGGGGUGAGAUUGUUGGAGAAUCAGCCAUCAAGUACAUGGACGAAAUCGGAACAGAAGUGAUCCACAAGUACGUAGUGGACAACAGAGGCCCAUGGCGGGUGGAUGAGCUGCAGGUGGAGGUGCUGUGGCCUCAUCAGGUGGAGAAUGGCAAAGAGAAGGGCAAGUGGCUGCUCUACAUGACAGAACAUCCCACAGUUGAUGGUGUUGGGGAGUGUGAGAUAGACCCACGCCUCAUCAACCCCCUGAAUCUGCGGCGGUCCAAGAUCUACCCAGACACCUUCACAGGGCCAGAGGCGGACCUGGAGGUUGGGUCCACAGAUGACCUGAAGCCCACCACAGACCACCCAAUUGGCGUGGUGGAUGGGUCAGGUAGCAAGGUGACCAAGGUAACAACGGUGAAGAAAACAACAACUGUGAAGAAGACGACGAAAAAGACAUCGUAUGAAAAGGAAUCCUCCUCAUCAUCAUCUGGUGGCACAUCAUCAUCAUCAUCAUCAUCAAGUUCACAUUCCUCAUCUUCACAUUCAGGCUUCAGUGAUGACGUGGAGGGCAGCGGUCAUGGUCUCGAUGGUCACAGCAGCAGCCGAGUGCAUGGAAGGACUCACUCUCGUGUCAGCCGGAGAGUCUACUCCUCCUCAGAAGGCUCAAAGUUCAAUGAAGCUGAGUCAGGAAGUGACCCCAUCAAGGAGGGUGAGGAUGAGGAUGGCCGUGUCAUCACCCACUACGAGAGGACACACCACUCCUCUGGGAAGUCACCAGAUGGCACAUCAACCUUCGAAGAGACACACCAUGAGAGCCGAAAGGUGACAGUGAAUGAGGACACCCACACCGACAGCAUCCCAAGUGGCAGGUGGGGCCAGGGAGGCGGGUACAGACGCACCUACACGGAGAACCGCUCCUCCACGCGAAUCAACGAUGGUGAACCUGUGGAGACUCACAGACGCUGGGAGACGCACGAGACUUUCCCCUCAGGACAGGAUGAGAACCAGUGGGGCGAUUCUGGUUCAGACAGGAGAGAGGAGACUUACCCUUCAGGACAGGAUGGCGAGAACCGGUGGGGCGAUUCUGGUUCAGACAGGAGAGAGGAGACUUACCCUUCAGGACAGGAUGGCGAGAACCGGUGGGGCGAUUCUGGUUCAGACAGGAGGAGAGAGGAAAGCAGGAAGGAGCACAGCAGAACCUACAGCGUUGACACCAGCACCAGGAGGACACAUUCUGACCAGAUAGGAGAAAAUAACUUCCACAGGACUCAUGAAGGAGGAGCUGUGACACAGAUACAUGAUGGCUCCUACUGGACGGAUGAGGCAAGGAGGACCAGAGUGCAGGAUCAGGAUGGCACAGACAGAGACAGGAUUGUGUGGUCAGACCAGAGAGGAAGGCCAUCAUACAACACGGGGACAGAAAGUAGGAACAGAGAAGAAAAUUACUACGAGGAAAGAACGCAUGAGAGCGAUGGUUUUGCUGGACGAAGGGGAGGAAGCGGCCAUCACCAAGGUCCUUCUGGUGAUGGAUAUGACAGUAGAGGAAGUGCAUCAAGCAGUCAGUGGAGUCACACUAGGUAUGAAGACAGUAGAUCCUCUGGCAGACAAGGAUUUGAUGGCAGACAGGGUAGAACACAUGAUUCCUCGGGUUCCGAGGGAGGUCAUGAUGGCAGAUAUGCAAGUGGUCAAGGGUACAGGGGUCAUCAGGAUAGAUAUGAUGACAGAACGUACAGUGAGGGUGAAUAUACAAGAAAUUAUCACUCAAGGGACUACGGGAGAAGAAGGGAGGAGGAUUACCGAGGACUUCACUCUGAGAGCACCACCAGGGAUCACGGAAGAGGAAGAGAGGAUGAUCACCGAGGACUGCACUCUGAGAGCACUAUCAGGAGGUACGAAGGCGGUGACAACUGGCAGCAUAGAGACCACAGAAGACGAGGACAAGAUGACUGGGGCAGAGAUGAAUCACAUGGGGGAAGUCACAGUGGUUCUACAAGGCACAGAACCCGUGUGGAGUCCCAAACAUCCACCUGGGACUCUGGGCAGGGAAGCAGGGGCGGGUGGGAUGAGCGGCAGGACGACAACUACGAGAGGCAUCAUGUUGGAGCUUCAUCAGACCGACACUUUGCCCAUCUGGAGUCCGGUGGCUCACCGGAGAAUGGUACAUACACCAGAGUAGAAGUGGACCCCAAGACAGGCAAGACAACAACAUACUCUAGGAAGGUCAUGUACAAGAAAUGGGCCAGUAGUUCAGACCAAUGGGGGACAGAGGAGGAAGAACUCCCAGACUUUUCCAGUGACCACAGGAGUGCAAGGACCAAGCGUGAGAAGGAGCUGAUCAUCAAACCUCAAGCUGUGACUGAUGAAAAGACAGGGAAGACCAUGCAAGUCGUUCACCUGCACUGCGACGGACCUGCUACCGCCAAGUGCUUCAGGUUCCACUGCAACAUUCGCAACCUGGCAGCAGGAAGGACAGCAAGCAUCUACAUCAAAUCACGGCUGUGGAACUCAACGCUGGUGGAGGACUACCCACGCGUCAACACCGUCAGCAUCAAGUCCAAGGCAUCCCUCAUCCUGCCCAGCAACAUCCGCGAGGACCAGGACCAGGAGGACGAUGUGGAUUCAGCCGAGACACGGGCCUAUCCUGACCUCCUGGACCAACUGCCACCCGAGGAAGUCCCACUGUGGGUGAUCCUGGUGUCCAUCUUUGCUGGCUUGCUGGUGCUCAUCAUCAUUGUGCUCAUCCUGUGGAAACUUGGCUUCUUUGAGAGGAAGAGACCAGACCCAACACUUUCAGGCAAUCUUGACAAGGACGCUAAUGGUUACUAGUUUAUUUAUUUUGUAUGUUAGUCACACUGGACUUGUUGUGUUCAUUCAUCUCUGAAAGUGCCAAUUUUUUAUAUUAACAGUUUCUCUCAAAGAAUUAUAGUAGGAAUUUUAAUAUAUGGCUCUAUUUCCUACAUGAAAGAUAUAGGUAUAUAUAUUAUAUCAUGUAUAUUUGUAAGUGCUUUCUAGUGUCUUGUCUGGAGAGUGAGCAGUCUUCCUUUUUAACUGAACCUUGAUUUUUUAUGUCACAAAAAUAUUAAGCUUCUCCUCCUGAAGUCGUCCUCUACAGCUACUUACCCUGUGAAGGCUGACUGACCCUCAGGCCCGUCUGGUUGUACGUGACUGCCACUAAACUUGUGUUGCUGCUGCUGUGCCAUGACUGUGAUGUUUCCUGUGCCUUCAACACUCAACAGUGAAGGCGUUAACCUAGGUGUAUGUUUACUGUACUGAAUGCCGAGAAGAAAAUACAGACUUUCCUGGAGUGUUACGUUUCAGGUAGAGUGAGUUUCUAGGAAGUGAAGUGAUGAACGAGAUUUUAUUUUCACAAGAAUAAUUAUUAUAUUAAUGCUUGACAUAGCUCCUGUACAGAUUUUUGUAACUAUUUUAUGCUGUGCUUAGAGAAGUGCUUUAUGGGAUGAGUGUGUGACGUGUGAGAGCUGCUGCUGCUGCUGUUACCUGCUACUGCUGGAGGUGAAAGGUUUAGUGUGGGCAUCUCCUGUGUGCCAGCCUUGGGGCCUCAACACACCACUAUCUGUUGCUGCUCUGGGCCCUGUCUUAAUGCUGACACUGUGUUCACGAGACACCAGUGGAUACCAGUCUAUAGUUUGGUCAUCCAAUUCUUAAAGUUUAAAUAUACACUGAUAAAAGAUAAUAUGAUACUUUAUAUAUUGAAAGUAACUACAAUGAUUUAGAUUCUAUUUAUAUAUUGAAAGUAACUACAAUGAUUUAGAUGCUAAUGUCUUUAGUAAAUUUAUAACGAGAAUUGCCUUGAUAUGACCAUCAGACGCUAGAAGUCUUCAAGGAAGUAUAAUGAGGUGCAUAUUUGAAUUACAAGCCUUGGGAGAGUAGGAUGGCAAAUAAGGAACUGUGAUGAAGUAGACUGAUUUGUUUUGGGUGUGUGGGGAGUACGUAGACAUGAGCGAAAAUGGAUGAGCAUAUGUGUUAAAGACAGAAAGUUAUAAGUGACCUUAGAAUUUAGCCAAGACAGGAUAACUACCUAUAAUCUUAGUGUUGAGGGUCUCCAUUAGACAAAUGUGGCAGACACAAAGCACAAGAAGCAACUUUAUCUCUCAAAUACAUGAACACUGUGCCUCUUAAUUAAUCGUGCCUCUAAAAGGGAGUAAGUGCCAAAGUGUCUCCCAUCAGUGAAGUGGUGAAGAGACGAGGUGGUGUGGAGGCCCCAAGGCUCAGGGAGAUGGCGCACCAGUGAUGUUAUAUAAGACUUAUUUAAUUACUUAUUGAAAUGUCUAGUUUUUAUACAUGGGGAUGAUAAUAUAUAGCUUACAAACUAAAAGUCAAUGUUAUUAUAGUGUAUGUACGAAUGUGACAAGUGUGGAUGUAAGUACCUAACCCCAAUGUGAUGAAGCUUUUAUUGAAAUAAUUUUCUCAUUUGGCUUGAAAAGAAAAAAAAAUGCAAGGUUUUGACCAUGACACUGCUGCUCCUGCUGCUGCUACACUUUCAUUAUUGAUAUAACCAAUGCACAGUACAAUACAUUAGACAGUGCCCAGUCAUUAGGAAGCUUUAAAAAAUUAUUAGAUAAGUUUCAUUCAGCUUUCCUUAUUUUCAUCAUUUAUAGACAACCCAAACAAGACUAUCAUGCAACUCUUAUUUUUAAUCUGUUUGUACUGUAAAUGGCAAAAAUAAGCACAUGAAUAGAUAAAGGCUUCAUCUCAGAAAGUGUUCUGUUGUAUGUACAAAAAAAAAAAAAAAAAAAAAAAAAAUUACAUACCUGUUGUGUGUUUGCUGCCAAAGUGAUGACUGGUGAUUGGCAACAUCUGGUGUGAGUGAUAUUUGAGUGAUAUUUGGUGCCAACUUGACCCCAUCAUGAAGUGUGACAUGUGGAGCAGUGAAGGCAAUGGUGCUGUUCAGUGUUGGUGCUGCAGCCACUCCCGCCUUGCUCACUCCUCUGUGCUCGUUCCGUCAGUCCUGAAACUAGUCACGUCCAUACAGUGUCCACUUUAUGCCGAGCGAAAUCUGUCCUACCAUUCACAUUCUGUACUACCUCAAUACAAUGCUGUAUUCUGGUACAUACUGAGUGGAGGAAUUUUAUAUGCAAUAAAAAUUUGUACAAGUGAAAGUGUGCUGCCAUCACAUUAGCAUCAAAUCUGUGUGUGUGUGUGUGUGUGUGUGUGUGUGUGUGUGUGUGUGUGUGUGUGUGUGUGUGUGUGUGUGUGUGUGUGUGUGUGUGUGUGUUAAAACGAAUGAUUUAAUAAGCAGUAAUUUUAUUUUGUAAACUAAUAAGUGGUUGUUCUGCUUCAUAUCUUUUGUGUAUAUAUGUAGAUAGAUGGAGACAAUUGGUGUUUUGUUAUGUUUUUUUUUUUUCCCAUGGUCUGUUGCAGCAAAAGAUUCUCAUACCUUCCUGUAAUGUUUAGGAUCUCACUGGAUAUACUGGGCAGAAGCUUUACCUGUGCUACUGAGCUGAUCACUGAGAUGCUGGACUCACCUUCAGAAGUAAUCAGUGUACUUAUGUUGUUUUCAUCUGCAGAAACUAUGAUUUUCUUGACAAUGAUGUGAAUGAAGUGAUGUGUAUAUAUGUUGAGGUUGACGAAUGUUGUAAAUAUACAUACAAUAAAGAGAAUUCUAACUACAA